UUGCAAGUAUAUUUGUGAAUUGUGAGACACUUCCUCUGACUGUAGAGAUAAGAACUUUUAUCAAACGACAACGCAGCACUUCUGUAAAGGCCAUACACCAACAAAUCUUCAAAAUGAGAGCGUUUUCUUUUGCCGCAAUUUUGGGCUGUUGUGCAGCAUUCAUUUUCACCAUAACGUCAUUUAAUGAGCUGUACAAAGGCUAUCGGUUUGAAUAUCAUGCAGCGAACGGUCUCCUUGUGGUACACAACAAUCUGGCGUGUUACCUGGUCCACGUCGAUCACAGCCUGAGCUCAGCGUUCAACAAUCAAACCGUGAAGGGUAUGAUCAAGGAUGACAUAGUAGGUAUGAUAUCGGACGGAACGUCAGCCACUAAGGUAUCAUCCGACGUCAUCAGCUACGACUACAGCGAUUACCUGGCUGCAGCCCAAUGCAGGGACCUCCAAGUCUACAAGCUUCGCUACACCUACGACGAGGAUGCUCCAAGUUCUGACGGAACAGCGAGUGUCUACUAGUCCAGACUCCUUACAAUCGUUUGUCUAAUCGGACUGAGGACAAAAUUAUAAAAGGAAACUAUAUUCUUU